CCCACAAUGUCGCCAAGUCCGGAUUCGAAGGUAUUUACUUAUGCCCAAUUUGAUCUUGAAGCUCUAUGCCUUCGAGCCAGCACACUGAGGCGAGGUGUUCCGUGUGCUUGCGAUUCAGAUCAACGUCCUUCCUCGGGAAGUUUUAAUUGGGUUAUCUUCAUCUUGUUUGAGGAUGGCGUUCGAUGGGUGUUUAGAUCUAUACAUUCCAGAUCAAUCAUGCCGGAGAAACUGGGGCUGAAGCUCCUGGAAAGCGAGAUCGCCACCUUGCUUUAUCUUCAGGCCCAUAGCGAUAUCCCAGUCCCAGAGGUUUAUCACUACUGUACUUCAUCUGAUAAUGAAAUUGGUAUACCGUUCCUCCUUAUGAGUGAAGCAUCUGGCCAGCCGUUGUCAGCGGCUUGGAACUCGACCAAUGCACCUCAACCUGCUCUGGACAACGUCGGCAAGGCAAAGGUUCUUUCCCAAUUAGGGGCAAUUACCCGGAAACUCGCUCAGCUACGAUUUGAUAAAAUCGGCUCCUUGUUCCCGGGAGAAGAAUCUGUCGAAAUCAAGGAAUGUCUCUCGCGUGGCCACCUGUUACAUGGACGUCAUGCUUUAGAUAUUCCGCGUGGGCCAUUUAACUCUCAAGUAGAGUUUUACGACAGCCUCGUCUCAGCAUUUUCCGAACAUGCAGAGAUUCUGCAACUAUCUCAUCAUUGUUUUAUGGCUCCCGUACCUUCACGAGAAGACUACGAUUCUAGCAUGGAUUUUGAGAGUGCAGUGAACCUAUGGAAUGACUUUGUGACUAUUGGAGGCAAAAUCGACUCAUCGGACAAUAGAUUGGAUUACAGGAUUAUAGGGGAUUCUCUUCGCCACAUCAUACCGCGAUUGAACCUACCUGCUGCCAUUCCAGGAUCAUUUCCAUUAUACCAUGCCGAUCUCAGUGUCAACAAUAUUUUUGUCGAUGAUGAUUUCAACAUCACUUGCAUAAUUGAUUGGGCGUUCGCUUCAACAGUGCCCGAGUCCAUUUUAUUGGCCACACCAGGGUUACCACAGUACAGCGACGAACUCGGUCCAGAAUUGCACAUACCCUUCAUAGAGGGUUUCAUGACUCCUACUUAUGUGGAAGAGGAAAUGGGCAACAGAUACCGUGAAUUGCUUCAACGAGGCCAGGUAGCCUGGAGACUAAUUCGCCUUCUCAAUCUUGAUUCUACCUCUGACUACAACCUCUUUGCUACUCUCUGGGAUUUCGUCGGUCAUUCUAUAGAUGGUCUUGGACAGUUUAUACUACAGCAGCGGGGUUUGCCCGAUUAUACAAGGCUUUAUGAGGAACUGAACGAGGAAGACCAGCCUAUUUUGAAGGUCAAAAGGGAAGAGAAGGUAUAUUUUCGAAACAAUGAUGUCAGAAUGACAAUAGCUAGGCACUUGACUGUCAUUUCUGGGUGGAAGGCACAGUGUACUGUCAACCAACCAAGGAAACUUCGACAUGAUAUGUUUAUGGCCAGCCCCAGGCUAUGGAAAUGGAUUAUCCAAGUCAUCCAAGACCGCGAAAAAAUGUCUUAA